ACAUUGACAAUUCCAUUAUAAAAUUUUAACUUUGAAGUUUCUAAAAAAUAAUUAUAAUAAUCACGUUUUAUUUAAUAAAAUAGUUAUAAAUAGUUAAAAAUAAUCAGCAAAGGUAAAAAUGAAGAUUACCAUCAAAUGUUUAAAUGGAGGAAGUACUUUAGUGGAUGUUAGUGAAACCAGUACUGUGGCGGAACUGAAAAAAACAGUGGAGAAAGAUCUAAAGAUUCCAGUGUUUCAACAAACAAUAAUUUUGCAUGGCAAAUGCUUACAAGACGAUAAAUGUUUAAGUGAAUAUCCUAAAAUAAAAGAGGGAACCAAGCUUUAUGUUGCAAUCAAGAAACCAGAAUCAUUCAGCACUACUUUACAUACCUUCUUAAAAAAAUACUAUUCAGAUGAACAGUGCAAAGUUAUUGUAGAUGAAUUUAUGAGAAAUUUUCAUUCCAAGGUUGAGAGUCUGAGUUUAGACGACUUGGAAAGGAUAGCGAAAUCAGAAUUGGACAAUUUGGAGACAUAGACUUGACUGUAUUACGAGUAAUCUUAUUUAUAUCUCUUAUAUACCCUGUCUGUGGAAGAAAGAACAAUAUUGACUUUUAGGUGUUAAAUCUAGUGAACAAAAUGGUAUGGUGACUUUGAAAACAAAAGAUUACAUUUGUCCAACUAAAUCUUUUUAAUUAGAAUGAAUCGUCAGGUGUCUAAUAUCAAACACAACAAAAUUUUGACAUAUUCAUGAAUAAAAUACAUAUUUUACUACAACAAUAUUCUAUCUAUUCAUUAUUUGUAUAUAAUUUCAUCACAUCCUGUUCUAAACCGUAGCAACUCAAAAUAUUGAAAGUUUACAGGAGGAUGAAAAAAUAUUUGGAUUUAAUUAUUUCCUAAUAUAUUUUUUAUUUUAGUUAGUAUAAAUCUAAUUUUUAUGUCAAUAUUUUACCUGUUACAACUUGCCUGGAAUAACAUAACAUAUUUGUUAAAAGUAAGUAACAACUAAAAACUACAUUUUGAUACAAAAUAAUACAGUUUUCUCCAAAACUUUAAUAUACUUAAUUGUCUUAUAUAACAAUUCGAUUUACAACCUUUUUUUCCUAAAGAGACGCUAAUUAAUAAGAAUAAUAAAAAAAAUAUGUUUUUCACAGGAAACCAGCGCAAUUUUUUAUCACAAGUUCAAAUAAUACCUACUGUUUGUAACCGACCAUGAGCUCUGUUUUCUUAACCUUUAACUACACGUGCUGGAGUAUUUUGUACGCCAAAUAUAAGAGUUCUACUGCAAAUAUAUUUAAAAAUUUAAUUUUUGACCUUGUUUAUCUAUUUAACCUAUCACUGGAAUGUGCUUUACAAUUGGUUUUAGUUUCGUUAUAAUCUUACAUUUUAGUAUUUGUUGUUUCCAGUGGUGCACAAUAUACGCCACGAUUAUAGUAAUAUACGUAGUAAUAUAAGUACAUCUUUUAAUUAACUUGUUUUGAUGGGAAAUAAGCCACAGUUUUACCAAAAAAAUGAUUUUAUUAACGUUUCGAUGCCCAAAUUGGGUGUCGUUAUCAAAAUACAAAAAAUAUUAAAUUUUUUAAAUUCUAAGUAAAAAAUAUUUCCCAUCAAAACAAGUUAAUUGCAAAAAUGCCACAAGAAAAUAGCUUCAGAACAACAUCUUUUAAUUGUUUUUAAGUCAUUAUGGCACAAAAUAUAUUUUUCUUUAUAAACAAUACUUUUUCUCAUGUAAAAAAUCACAUUUCAAAAAAAUUUUUAUUAGUAAUUUUAUUUAUCAUGGAAUUAGAUUCCAGUUAUAAAUCCCAAUUGGCUUGCUGAGAAGGAACUCCAAGUAUUCGCUGAUGCCGAAUAAGGUUUGUAACGAACAACUAAGUGCAUUUUUCCCAAAAAAAAGAGAAAUCUGCUGUUCUUUUAGUGUAUUUUCUUGCGGCGUAUAAAGUACACCACAUGUGUAGUUAUGUUAUAACUUGAUGCGCGGGUAGUUAAAGGUUAAUUAAGACAUAUCUUUUCGCUCCACUUAUUGAAGUAUUUUGAAGGUUGCCAGAUUACAGUUUUCUGGGGAAAGAGAUAAUGUAUAAUGUAAUUCAUUGGUGAAAUAAACACAAGAAUAAAAUUUUUUUAGUUAAUAAACAUUUCAAUUAACGGUAAGAGAUGUUAUUUAAUUCAGUUUGGCAAAAAGGGAAGGAAUGGUAAUAUAUUAUUGUGGUUUGCUAUGUUUGAUAUUAGAUUACUUAUGUACUGAUUUAGGUUUUUGAUUGUUUUCUUAAAAAUGGGAUGGUAAUAAAUUAUCAUUUCGACACUCCCAACAAAAACUGUCUUAUUAGGAUUAUUGUGUACGAAUUUAAAUUUUACAAAGAUUUUUAAUUUUUAAUGAGUUACUACAGUCUUUAUGUACAAAAAUUAUAUUUAUAAACAAAAUACUACAACAAGAGAAAUGUAGCAUAAAACAUUUUUGAUUUGUGGUAUAAUUUUUUUUACAGUGGUAAUAUGAUACUAAUUAUGUAAUACUGAUUAACAACAAUUACGUAGUACAAUACAUCGCUAUUAUUCAGAUUCAGAAACAGUUUUCUCAUCUCUAAAGCAUUCUACUGGAAUGACUUUACUGACGGCAAUAGGGUUGACAUAUUGUCAAAUGCAAUGUAUUUUGAUAUUUGUUUUUUAUAUCAACCAUAUCAGCGGUUCUCAAUCUGUGGUACAUGUACCACUGGUGGUACAUUUCAUUUUUUGAGGUGGUACACAAAACGCAAAAACAGCCAAAAUCAGCACCACUAUUAUAGUUAAUUAGAUCACCUAGUUAGAUAUGUAUUUCAGUUAGGUGGUACCAAAAAUAAUAAAAAGUAUUUGGUGGUACAUGACACAAAAAGAUUGAGAACCACUGAACCAUAUCAUUAGUUAUAUUACCUUCAAUUAUUAUUUAUGAUACAAUUUGCAAAAAUUGGGUGAAAUAUUAUACUUCACCUAAGAUACAGAAGGUUAAAGUUGCUCUAUUUUUUGGAUUUUACAAUUGUAAUUUUGAUUAUUUUCUCAAUUGUCUGUCAAAGACAUGACAAAAAGAGCCCCUUUAUCAUUCAAGUUAUGUAAAUUGUAUGUUUGAUAGCAAUUGUAUUUCACCCGAUAAUAGAUUACCAUUGAAAAUCCGUUACUAAAGGUAUAAAAAUCAAUAUUUUAUUGUUUGAACAAAUUAUGUUUGAAAUUCAGAGCAGCAAAAACUGUCAUCACUUAACUUAAACCUGCUAAAAUUUAUUGUAAAUCUGAUUUUCAUUUUAUUUAUUGGGGACAAAGAGUAAUGUUUGAAUAAAAUGUAUUUUUAUGUUAAAA